AUGCCAAUUACUAUAAGAAGAGCAACAAUUGGUGAUAUCAUUUGUAUGCAAAAUGCAAAUCUGCAUAACCUACCUGAGAACUACAUGAUGAAAUAUUAUAUGUAUCAUAUCCUUUCAUGGCCUGAACUGUCGUUUGUGGCUACUACCACUGAUAUUACUGUUGACGAAGAUACUUGCUCAACAGAUGGAGCAAGUGCUGCAGAUGAAGAAGAAUAUAUGACAUUGGAUGACAAUUUAGGAAACUCAAUCAAAUUGGACCCUACCUAUGUGAAACCAGGCGAGAAACUGAUAGGUUACGUCCUAGCUAAGAUGAAUGACGAUCCAGAUCAAUCUGAAGAACCAGCAAAUGGUCAUAUUACUUCUUUGAGUGUAAUGAGAACUUUCAGAAGAAUGGGUCUAGCCGAAAAGCUGAUGAGACAAGCGUUGUUUGCCAUGAGAGAAGUCAACCAAGCUACUUAUGUAUCACUACAUGUCAGACAAUCUAAUAGAGCUGCAUUGCAUUUGUACAGAGAUACUUUACAGUUUGAAGUAUUAAGCAUCGAAAAGAGUUAUUAUCAGGAUGGUGAGGACGCAUAUGCUAUGAAAAAAGUAUUAGACUUAAAUGAAUUGAAGAUUUCUAAUUUUACACAUGGUCCAAAGGAUGAACCUGUUGAAGAUGAUUUGAAAAGUGAUUUGUUAGAGGAUAUCAUUAGAGAGGGACUAGAUAAUAUAACUGUAUGA